AUGUCCGAUGCAGGCAAUGAGGCGCCUGAAACGUCCAACAAGCGGCGCCGGACCUCGGGCAUGUACCAGAGACGGCGUGCUGUUGCGGCGUGUGGGCCCUGUCGGGUCCGUAAAACGAAAUGUGACAAUGUCCGGCCAGCAUGCGGCUUUUGCCAGCGAAACGGCGGACAAUGUACAUACCCCGACACCUCGAAUGACUUCUCAACUACAAGCGUCACUAUUGACGAGAAUCUAAGUCAUCCUUCUGAUGAUCUACCCGAGGACGAAGUCAUGAUCCGCCUCGACAUCCCAGACUCUGCCGCUGCUAGGUCUAAUUGCGAGGCCAUUCUGCGAUGGCCAAUCUUUAGGGGAUAUGCGCCCGAGACGGAGUCUUUUAUUUUGGAGUUAGAGGAUGGUGAUGCAGAGUCUUCACAUCGAUCUCAACCUGUCAGAAGUCGGAACCUAGGGCGGGGAGUUCAGGAAGACGACUUUACGGCGUUGUCCAAAAAGUUCUUGGCAUACGUGCAUGUGAAGAAUCCAGUUCUUGACGUGACCGACUUCAAAGCGUACGUCAAGGAUACAGUAGAGAACGGUCCCCGAUGGGACGGACCGUCGUGUCUAGUCCUUCCCAUUGAGCUGAUUGCACGUGCACUCGCCUGCCUUGCAAGCCCAUUUCAAUCCGAGAUCAACUUCAACAGUACGCCCGAAUCGAUGCGCUCGUCAGUAUUGACCACGACGGAUCCAGAUACAGCCCAGGCCUACUAUCUCGCAGCCAAGAAGCGGCUGGGACUGCUUGAGCCCUCCUUACUUCAGAUUCAAUGCCUGUUCUUCUGUGCAGUGUUCGAGAUGUACUCACUUCGUCCACUUCAGGGCUGGUUCUACUUCAAUCAAGCCAGCGUUCAAUUCAAGAACCUAUACUGGCGGAGGGCCCAAAGGCGGAAUUGGCAAAGUAUCUCUCAGAAGACACGGCGCCUUGAGCAACGCCUUUACUGGUCAUGCAUGAAGUCGGAAUGCGAGCUCAGAUGUGAGAUACCAUUGCCACCAAGUGGCAUCACUGGCCUAGGAUAUCCAGACUUAUUCCCCUCGCCUCCGUCUGAAGUCGCAUCUCCUGCAGCUCAGCCAAGCGUGUUGGAUAUCUUGGAAGAUGAUAUUCAGCCAGAGGAGGAAAAGAGUUGGUUCUAUUACCUGGCUGAGAUAUCGUCGAGAAGGAUGAUCAAUCGUGCUAUAUCAAUAUUUGGUUACAAUGGAGAGCAGGCAUGGACCCGAGACAUAGCCAAAGUGCUCGAGAAGAGUGAGGAAUUUGACGAGCACAUCAACCUCUGGUGCUUGCACAUACCCUCUCAGAUACAUUGGCAAAAUCGAGAGCCAUCAAACAACGAGCUGGUACACUUUAUCCAAAACCGAGCCACGAGCUGCCGCGAAUGGAUCCAUCGGCCUUUCUUGUACUAUGUGGUUCACCAACCGGCGGAUGACCCUUGGAUACCCCGCGUCAUGCCAUUAGCAGAGAAGUGCCUCGAGCUCUCACUCGAGCUGCUGCUUGACGCUAACCCUCACCACCGCCAUCACGGAACAUGGUUCAUGGCCAGAGCGGCAAUGACCCGUGCUCUCUUACUUCUGGCCGCAGUCAAGAGCAACAGGUUCUCCCGGCUGCCCGAGCGAUGGAAACAGGGAGUCGACACGGCCACAUGGGCUCUGCAGCGGUGGUAUGGCGAAGCUCCGGAUUUGCGUAAGGCUGCGUCUGUGCUUGAGGACCUCGUCGGUCAAGUUGUCGGGCCUGGAGUCUGA